AUGUCGUCGCCUUCAGAAGAUCGCACCGCCAAGCAGGCGAUUGCCGAUGACAAGUGGGACGACUGUAUGUCCUGCAGAGUUACUGGAUCUGCUGCAUUCGUCGGUCUUGGAGUCUACAGCUACUACACUGGCAUGAGCAACCUCCGCAAGCAAGAACAGGCCAUCAUGCAAGGCUCAACAAAGUAUAAGAUGGGAUCGCGACGACUUGGCAUUGCCACUAUUUCGGCCAGUCUGAUUGGCCUGGGAGUCUGGCGGGCCUUCAAUUGA